UCUGUGUGUGGUUCAUUUCAGCUUGCGUGGACAGUGAAUGGAGCGUUGAAUACGAAAGGACAUCUUCACGGGUUCAACAUCAGCACGUUCUGGUGUUUUUUGCAGGACUCUCGUUUGUCUUGUCACUGCCAGAAGCAGAUAUGAGGCUCUGCUUGGUGUUCGUUUUCUUACUAGGUGCAACAUUUGCUCCAUGUGUUAAAGGCAAAUCUCAUGGAAGACGUCAAGGAAUGCAGAAGACCUCGCACUCAGCCAAAGAAAAGGAUGUCGUCACAGUGGAGGACAAUCUGCCACAGGUCUUCCCCACUUUGGUCACAUUUGAGGCCAGCAGCCGGGAAAAGGAAGACGAGGAAGUGAGUUCUGGGGAUAAUACUAAUGCCAAAAAAUGGGAUAAAGAGGUGACAGAAGAACAAGAAAAAGCCCCUGCAGUCUUAUUAAGUGAAGAGGAACUGGCAGACCUUUUGGAAAAGGAGGCGGAGGAAGAUGAAGAAGCAGAAGCAGAAGCAAGAGAGGAUGAGGAUGAUGGCAUGAAACUGGCAGUUACUGAGGGUCAGGUCACUUUAAAUGAUGACAAGGAGCCAGAUGACAGUUUGGAAACAGAGAAAAAGAAAACACAUAAGGAAGAAAAGAGGGAUGACGCUGAGGAAGAAGGUGGCAAAGUGGAGGACAAGGUGGAAAGACCUGUCCCCAAACUGACUGAAUGGGACGUGCCGGUGGGAUUGCUGGGGGAAACAGAGGGUAGCACAGAAUCAGAACUUUCAUCUGAUCUGGAUUACGCUGCUGAUAGUGGAAUACUAAUACCUGUUCAGGUAGAUCUUAACACAUCAACUGAAAACCAAGAGUCUCCUUCAGAAAAGGAUCUCCAAGAUCAGAAAAAGGAGGAGGUGGGCCAGAAAGAAUUGUUCAUGCAAGACAUGCAAUCUCCUGAGGCAGGAGACGGGGAAGAAGUGGCUGAACAGAACAAGGAUCCGACAGCCAAAUCAAAAGAAAAGCAGCCCAGCGAGAAAGAACCAGAGGCAGCCGUGGACGGUCGAGAAUUAAAGAGCAGCGGCGUGCUUAAAUCUGGUUCACGGCGGCCUGAAAGGGAAGAAGAGAUGGGCAAGAAUGAGAGUGGAGCUUUCACUAAGAGAAAGACAAGAAAGCAAAAGAAAAACAAGAGAGCCAGGAAGCACUCUCCUCAGAGGAACGAAACCCAUCCUGCACAAGAUCAGAGCCAACUGGACCGUCAGGAGUCUGAAGGCAGCAGCACCGAGAAUGUGGUUCACAAAGCAAAGAGGAAACGGACUGGAAAAUGGGGUCCUUUAGUGGGAGUGAAUCCAGUGCAGAUCAGAGCCGGAGUGGAUUUGUACCCUAGGUCCAGAUCCUCUUUUAGUGGGGACCUACACCUUUCAGAAACUCCACCAGAUCCGUGUGACAAUUUCCGCUGCAAGCGUGGAAAAACAUGCAAACUGAAUGCGGAUGGUAAACCUGGAUGUGUGUGUCAAGAGCCACUAGAGUGCCCGCCCAGCGUGAAUACAUUUGAACAGGUUUGUGGGACAGACAACAAAACGUAUGAUACGACCUGCGAGCUCUUUGCUACCAAAUGCAAACUGGAGGGCACAAAGAGAGGCAACAAGCUUCAUCUGGACUACACUGGCCCAUGCAAAUUAAUACCGCCGUGUGUGAAGAACGAACUGGUCCAGUUUCCUCUGCGGAUGAGGGAUUGGCUGAAAAAUGUGCUUCUGCAGCUCUAUGAGCAUGACUCCACAUCACCGGGCUUCCUCACCCCAAAACAGCGUUUCAGAGUGAAGAAAAUCUCUGAGAAUGAGCGGCGCCUUCAGGCUGGAAAUCACUCUGUUGAGCUUCUGGCACUGGACUUUGAAAAGAACUACAACAUGUACAUCUAUCCGGUGCACUGGCAGUUUGCUCAGCUGGAUCAGCAUCCCUCUGACAGGGUCCUGUCCCACUCAGAGCUGGCCCCACUCAGGGUCCCCCUGGUGCCGAUGGAGCACUGCACCUCUCUCUUCUUCCGGGAGUGCGACGCUGACAAGGACAAACAAGUUACCUUGAAAGAGUGGACCUCCUGCUUUGGCAUCAAAGAUGAGGAUAUGGACGUCAACCUGCUUUUCUGAGCUUCAUCUCUGCUCUCCUCUGCCGCACAUGCUUUUGGAAACUUUAAAAGGAAACUUCCACGCAUCACUUUAACUUUUGAUAUCCUGUUUAUCAUGAGGUUAAAGGAAUAAAACGGUCUGUAACCCCAACCCUUCCCUGCUUUAAAAGCAAGCAUUUAUGAUUAUUGCUGUUGUUGGGCUAGGUUUGGUCAUUUAAAUUGGGAAUUUGUCACUUGGAAAACUCUUUCUGAGAGGAUUAGGUUUGUGUUCAACUGGCAUACUUCAGAAAAUGUUUUCUAAUCAAUUCCACACGGGGGUAAAGUUGACUUAUUAACAGAGGAGACUUUGUACAGUAUGUGAUGCUGGGUUUAAAAUAACAUGCGUAGAGAUAUUCAGAGUAGAAUCAAUAACUCAAAUAACUAAAAGUUAGUGUUUCCUCAAACCAUUGCUUUGUAAUACUACUGUGAAUGUGUAACCGUUUCACUGAACCUGGUAGUGAAUGUGGUAAAUGUCUUGUGAUUUUAAGUAAAAGCUGAAUUGGCUGCAAAAAAGAAAAAAAAAGAAAAAGAAAAAAAAAAUCACAAAAAGAUAUAGAAUAUUUUUGUGUAUCCUGUCAUUAUUAAAAAAUAAAAAAGACCUGUGUUCCUCAGUUGUCCAGAAAUAAAGUUGUUUUCACACUUGGGUGGCACCAGUUUAUACUUUUAUCUUUGGACGAUUUCUAUUCAGACACACAAGAUGCUUCGACUCGCGGGAGACAUUUACAACCACAGCAAAACAAAAUGCCGCAGUCAGUUUUCCAGUUUCUCUUGCUAUUUUAUGUUAAAUCGUUGUUUAACUUACCAAAUGAUGCACCCAUAACAAACCGACUUAUCUACUCCAUGUACUUAUCAUAUAAGGUAUUAGCGGACAGAAUAGAGUAAUGAUAAGCUCUGUUUGAGUCCUUUUACACACAUUUUUUCCUCGGUGGGAUUUACUUGUAUUUUGUAUCGUUGAAUCAAAGUCUUGG